AUGCAUACCAAUCGACACGAGCUGUCUCCUCCGUCACUAACGGAAAUUGCCCAAGUUCUGGCAUCUGCUCUCUCCGAAAAUUAUGCCUCAUCUUGGGCAACAGUUGUGGAAUGUCCAGAUCUUCGACAAGCACCAUUCAACCUGGCUUGCGAAGGUCUUUCCGGCGCCGAGGUCAUCGCAGAUAUCGGGGGACAAGCAAAUCUUUUCCCUCAACCGCGCCUUGAAAAGAACUACUCUCUCAUCAAAUGCGCCGAGGCUAUGGGCAUGAUUCCGACCCAGGGAUCCCUCAUAGGAGCUGGUGCAGGACCAAACCAUGUACACGGUGUGCCUUCGGAACUGGCUCCAAAUCUUUGCUGGAAAAAUGGAUUCGAAAAUGUCAACAACAUGACCCGCUCGGCUAGAUUGAUCCCCCAAAAUGAGGGUAGCGAGUCUGCUGUAGCUUGUCCAUACUCUGGCAGCACUGACUACUCACUCAUGAUGAACCUUUACGGCUCGCAUGGCCUUCCAGGGCAAGUCGUGAAGGUCACAGCCAGAGGUCGACGAGGCGAUGCGGCCAGCUUCUCCGAAUUCCUGCGAUCUGCACUUCGCAAGGCCUACGGCGAAGACCACCAGAUUUCCCUUGGGGGCACUUUCAUAAUGAAGCGAGGCAAAGCCAAAUUUCAUGUCAUGCCACCCUUCCCACCUCAAGACGAAUUGCCAUUCAAGAGCCAGGAGGCACUUGACGGGUGGCUUUCGUAUCAAACUUUUUCAGGGCCCAUGGUUUGCCUUUCAGUCUUCCAUUCGGCUGAUCCGAAGCGUCUGGGAGUCAGACUGGAGCAUACACAUUGCUUUAACGGAGACAGCCAAGGUGGUCAUUAUCAUUAUGACAUUUCAAGCGACGAUAAUAAGCAAGUGGAAUACGAAGGGUAUUUUAAUACUGCAAAAACCUUCGUCCAGAUUGACAAACCUUGAGAUGUUUCGCUAAGCUGCAGUUCUUUCUUCUCCUACUCGGAUCGAACCAAUCUGAUGCGAAGGUCAAGGUUUAACUUUCACCAACUUUCAUAUGAUAUGAAGUACUCGGGUAGAUAAUCAUGGAAUCUAAAGACAUUUAUUGUAUAGGACUCAAGACAAAUGGAC